AUGAGUUUGUAAUAGAUUCAACAACACAUAAAUUAAAUUAAAACUAGUUAUCAGAUGCCAAAUAAGGAAUUUCAAAAUACUUUCAAACUUUUUGAGAGUUGUUUUACUUUAUUAGAUAAGAAUAAUUAAGAAUGA